AUGACGAAUCAAAUUUUAUUGAAGGUGCUACAUGUACUAUGCUUGAUCUUGGGUAUGAGCCUAACAAGGUACUCUGAUGCUCGUAUUCUUCAACAAGAAAAUCAUCAAGCUACGGAAAAGAUACUAGAUUUCUCAACAUCUCCAUCCGCAAACAUUCCUGUAGAUAAUCUUUCUCCAGGUUUACCACCCCCUCAUUUUCCCGUUCCCCCAAACUCAGGCCAUAGUGUUGCAGGUUUUCCAACCCCUCAUUUCCCCGUUCCCCCAAACUCAGGCUAUAAUGUUCGAGGCCAUAGUGUUGCAGGUUUUCCAACCCCUCAUUUCCCCGUUCCCCCAAACUCAGGCUAUAAUGUUCGAGGUUUACCACCCCCUCAUUUCCCCGUUCCCCCAAACUCAGGCUAUAAUGUUCCAGGUUUACCACCCCCUCAUUUCCCCGUUCCCCCAAACUCAGGCUAUAAUGUUCCAAGUUUACCAUCCCCUCAUUUCCCCGUUCCCCCAAGCUCAGGCCAUAGUGUUGCAGGUUUUCCAACCCCUCAUUUCCCCGUUCCCCAAAACUCAGGCUAUAAUGUUCCAGGUUUACCACCCCCUCAUUUCCCCGUUCCCCCAAACUUAGGCUAUAAUGUUCCAGGUUUACCACCCCCUCAUUUCCCCGUUCCCCCAAGCUCAGGCCAUAGUGUUGCAGGUUUUCCAACCCCUCAUUUCCCCGUUCCCCCAAACUCAGGCUAUAGUGUUGCAGGUUUUCCAACCCCUCAUUUCCCCGUUCCCCCAAGCUCAGGCCAUAGUGUUGCAGGUCGUCCUAUCCCUGAUUUUCCCGUUUCCCGCUGA